UUUCCUUUAUUCAUGGGCUGCUUAAGCUUUAUAAAGUUGCCAGGACAAAACUACAGCAAUGAAACCUGAAGAACACAGACAAGAUGCAGAAGACAGUCGUUCAGUGGGGUUUAUGGGCCCUGUUACUGUGGCCCCAACAUCUUGCUGCAAGCAUCCCACUAGACUGUAGAGACGAUCAGGGCAACCUGAGCCGCUGCACCUCCAUCUCCCAGGAGAAGCUUCUGGACCGAGUCAUUCAUCAUGCUGAACUCAUCUACCGUGUCUCAGAAGAACUGUCCUCUUUGUUUGAGGAGUUGUUCAUCCCAUUUUCUUUUAGGCUGCAGAGUAAUCAGGCUGCCUAUUCAUGCAUCACCAAAGCCCUGCCCAUCCCCAGUUCCAAAAGUGAAGUCCAGCAAAUAUCUGACAAAUGGCUGCUUCAUUCCGUGCUGAUGCUCGUCCAGUCUUGGAUUGAGCCUUUGGUCUACCUACAGAUGACAAUGGAACGCUACGAUCACGCCCCUGACAUGCUGCUCAACAAGACAAAGUGGGUGUCUGAGAAACUUAGUAGCCUGGAGCAAGGAGUUGUGGUUCUCAUUAAAAAGAUGCUGGAUGAGAACACACUGGCCACAGGUUACGGUGAACAAGGUAUAGUCCAGAAUGAUGUGCAGCCGGAGGUGCUGGAAUCUGUUAUGAGGGACUAUACCCUGCUCAGUUGCUUCAAGAAAGAUGCCCAUAAGAUGGAGACUUUCCUCAAGCUACUCAAGUGUCGUCAAACUGAUAAAUACAACUGUGCAUAAAACAUGAAGUGGAGCUUUUAAAUAAUGCAGUAUUUGGCUUUAAAUGAAUUUCUUAGGUUGUUAGUGUGCACUUAAAGAUAUGACCAUGCCUUGGGCGCUUUAGCCUCGCUUGUAAUGCAGCACAUUUCUUAUUGAUUGUUUUGGAACACCUUCACACAAAAAUAAGUAGGUGUAAUGCUGUGCCCUUUCGUAACCAUGUGUUGAAUUUUUAGAUUUUUUUUCUAUCUCAGUUGUUAUUUUAACCUGGCACAGGCAAAAGAAGACUAACUCCCAAAAGACCAUUUGUAUGUCGAGCUGUCAAAAAAAUCUACAUAUCCCGCUAUUGAUUUCCAUUUCCUUUGUUCUUAACUAGAGUUGGUAUUCCUUGCUGGCUCU